ACAACAAGCACAAAUUCAGAAAACGGUUCUUCUUGUGUCAAAAAAAAGAAAAGAAAAGAAGAAGACGCUUCUCGCAUUCUCUCGUUGCUUCUCUUCUCUCUGCUUCUCCUCUUGUUUAUGUAGGAGCAUCUCAUUGCUUGUUAUAUUUGUAGCUGAUUUUGAAGUGCUUUAGCAAAGAACAUGACAUCUAAAAGGGAAAUGGUAACUGGUGAUAGAGUAGAGGAGGAAGGGGUUGAUUUGGAAUUGAAAAGGCAAAGAGUGGAUGAGAACUCUUCUCCCUCUUCUCCUCCUGUCUCAAUUGCAAAUCCGCUUUCUGGGUUGGCUAAUUACUAUGCUGACAUCGAUGAGGAGGAAGAUUAUUAUCAAAGGGAUAAGAGCACUGUUAGCGACAAUAGGAAUGGUGGGUCUCAGCAGAAUGGGCAUAAAUAUGAAGGGGAUGAUGACAGUGAUGAAGAAGACGAUUCACAUGAAGAACUAUUGACUGGAAGAAAUUGUCGCCAGGUGGAGGUUCGGAGGGACUGCCCAUACCUUGAUACUGUUAAUAGACAGGUUUUGGAUUUUGACUUUGAGAAGUUCUGUUCUGUCUCUUUGUCAAAUUUAAAUGUGUAUGCAUGUUUGGUUUGUGGUAAGUACUACCAAGGUAGAGGGAAAAGGUCUCAUGCCUAUACGCAUAGUCUGGAAGCCGGACACCAUGUUUAUAUCAAUCUCCUUACCGAAAAGGUCUACUGUCUUCCUGAUGGCUAUGAAAUUAAUGAUCCUUCAUUAGAUGACAUUCGGCAUGUCCUGAACCCAAGGUUUACUGCAAAAGAUGUUGAACAACUAGAUAAAAAUAAGCAAUGGUCCAGGGCACUUGAUGGUUCUAGUUACCUUCCAGGAAUGGUUGGACUUAAUAAUAUUAAGGAGACAGAUUUUGUGAAUGUAACAAUUCAAUCCUUAAUGAGAGUUACCCCGUUGAGGAAUUUUUUUCUUAUCCCUGAAAACUAUCAACACUGCAAAUCUCCACUUGUUCAUCGAUUUGGUGAACUCACUAGGAAGAUCUGGCAUGCGCGAAACUUUAAAGGACAGGUCAGCCCUCAUGAAUUUCUUCAAGCAGUGAUGAAAGCUAGUAAAAAACGGUUUCGUAUAGGUGCGCAGUCUGACCCAGUUGAGUUCGUGUCAUGGCUUCUUAAUACGCUGCAUGCUGAUCUUAAAACUAUAAAGAAGAAUAUGAGCAUAAUUUAUGAGUGUUUUCAGGGUGAACUUGAGGUUAUUAAAGAGAUUGCAUCCAACAAAGAAACUUCAAAUAUGCCAUUUCUAAUGCUGGGGUUGGACUUGCCACCACCUCCUCUUUUCAAGGAUGUGAUGGAGAAAAAUAUAAUUCCUCAGGUUCCACUCUUUAACAUACUAAAGAAGUUUGAUGGUGAGACUGUCACAGAGGUGGUUCGUCCUCAUAUAGCAAGAAUGCAGUAUCGUGUUACCAGAUUGCCUAAGUAUAUGAUUCUUCAUAUGCGACGAUUUACUAAGAACAACUUUUUUGUGGAAAAGAAUCCUACUUUAGUCAACUUUCCUGUGAAGAAUCUGGAGUUGAAGGAUUACAUUCCCUUGCCAACACCAAAAGAAAACCAGAAAUUGCGCUCUAAAUAUGAUUUGAUUGCAAACAUUGUUCAUGAUGGCAAACCUGGUGAAGGUUCCUAUAGGGCGUUUGUGCAACGAAAAUCAGAAGAACUAUGGUAUGAGAUGCAGGAUUUGCACGUGUCAGAAACACUCCCUCAUUUGGUUGCGCUUUCAGAAACUUACAUGCAAAUAUAUGAGCAGCAGCAGUGAAAGACCGAGUUCAAAUCCUUUACUGAGAGCACUGUAACCUGAAAGCAAGUGUUCUGAACUGAGAUUUAGAAUGAGACAUAAUUCAUCGGCAGACACAUAAAUUUGGUUAAGAGGCGGUAGUUUAGACGCUUUUGGGGAAAUAUAAUGUAUGACUAUUGUAGCUGAGGGGCUCAUAAUAUGCAAAUAUAUUGAUUUUGUUGUUGUACUUGAUUGAUAGUUCGCUUGAGUAACUUGUGGAAUGAGAGGUAUCCACUUAGCUUAAUCCAGAUUAAAUUGCAAUA